GAAGGAGCGGACCUGCCAGUUGCCAGGAUGACUCAGGCGUUCUGGAAGGUCUAUAAGGCCAAAGUCUUGCAGACCAUUGGUGGAGAGCCGCAGGAGGAGGACAUCCAAGAUGAGAGAGAGAACCCUGAGCUAAUGGAAACCACAGACUCCACGCUGCUAACAGAAGAGGGAGCAAAUCCUGUUUCUCAGCUGGCACGGCGGGUUCAAGGAGUUGGAGCCAAAGGCUGGAGGACCAUGUCAGCUUUGUUCACCAAGGAGGACGAACAUCAGUUACUGGCUCCCGAGCCUUGUGCUGACCACCCUCUAGCAGCAAAGCCAGCAGAGGAACCCUCCACCGAGAAGAAAGCCGCCACCUUUUGGGAUGUCUUUGCUACGAAGUGGCAACAGACUGCUGCUUUGGAAAAGAUGGCCAUGAAGCCUGAUGCCCAAGAGGAGGUGGCAGAGGGAAAUGAAGGGUCAGGGGAAAUGGCGGCUGAGGAGGCCAGCAAUGCAAGCCAUGCCAAUGACCUCCGAGAGGCUGAAGGUGUGGCCUUCAAGUGGAGCUUCCUGACCAGCAAACUGGUCGAAAUAAAAAACAAAAAUGCCCCCAAAAGCAACUAG